AAGACCGGUCGUUGUGGGUGGGGUGGGGUGGGGAUGGAGGGAUUUGCAGCCGUUGGAUGUAAUGGACGGUGGAUUGGCCCCUGAAGUCACGCCGUGACUUUAACCCGUGAAGUCAGGGGACCUCAUUCUCCUCGACAUGUUCACGGAGUCAUCGGCGGCGAUGUGCCGCGGUUGUACGGGGGCACGCCGGGCGUGGACGGGGGAGGCGGCAACCGGCGGCCGGAGAUGAAGAAGACGAGGGACAGUUCACAAUACGCCAUCCACCAUUCGAAGCCAAUCACUGGAGGUCUGUGUUCCUAGUCCUCGAAACCAUGAACCUGUCCCGCGGCUCCUCCCUGGAGCGCACCAUCUGCGACCGCGCGCGGCUGGGAAGCCUGGGCCCCGACGACGCGCUCGGCCUGUUCGACGAACUUCUCCGUCAGCCGCAACCCAGGCCCGGCUCGGUCCGCGCCUUCAACCACCUCCUCUCCGCCGUCGCCCGCCGCCGCGACGACGGCCCCGCGCGCGCCGUCUCCCUAUUUUCCCGCAUGGCCCGCGCGGGCGUCGCGGUCCCGGACACCUGCACCUACAGCGUUCUCGUCGCCUGCUGCUGCCGCGCGGGCCGGGUGGACCUCGCGUUCUCCCCGCUCGGCGCCGCCCUCAAGGCGGGCCUGAGGCUGGAGGCCAUCUCCUUCACCCCGCUCCUCAGGGGUCUGUGCCGCGAGCGGCGGGUGGGAGAGGCCGUGAACGUCGCGCGCCGCAUGAUGCCCGAGCUGGGUUGCCCGCCCAACGUCUUCUCCCACUCCGUCAUCCUCAAGGGGCUGUGCGACGACGGGCGGAGCCUCGAGGCGCUCGAGCUGCUCCGCACGAUGGCCGGGGAUGGAGAUGAAACCAACGUGGUGUCGUACACCGCCGUCAUCGACGGCCUCUUCAAGGAGGGUAAGGUGGAGGACGCCGUCAAGCUGUUCGACGAAAUGCGCGACCAUGGGGUUCCGCCGAACACGGUGACGUACUGCUCGAUCAUCAACAUGCUGUGCAAGGUCGGGGCAGUGGACAAGGCCGAGGGGGUCCUACGACGGAUGGUCGAUGAAGGUGUUGCGCCGGGUUAUGCCGUGUAUAGUAGCCUGAUCAAUGGGUGCGCAACAUCAGGACAGUGGGAAAAAGCCGUUAUGAUGUUCAAAGAGAUGAGCGGGAAGGGUAUCAAACCGACUGUCAUCACUUACUCCUCAUUGAUGGGCGCUCUGUGCAAGCACAGAAAAUGCAGUGAAGCGAGGCAAAUUUUCGAUUAUAUGGUCAAGAGUGGUGAGAAGCCUGAUGUUACCACCUACAGCAUUCUGCUUCAUGGGUAUGCCUCUCAGGGAUCUCUUGCUGAUGUGCACAAUGUCUUUGAGAUGAUGGUAGGGGAUGGUAUCGUACCUAAUCAUUAUGUUUUUGGCAUUUUACUACAUGCAUAUGCUGUUCAUGGAAUGGCUGAUGAAGCAAUGCUUGUGGUUAGUGAUAUGCGGAAGCAAGGAGUUAACCUUGGUGUGGUUCACUACGGAACAGUAAUAAAUGCUUUGUGCAGUGUAGGCAGGAUGGAGGAUGCUAUGUCCCAAUUCAAUCAGAUGAUUCGUGAAGGAGUUCAUCCUAACUGUAUCGCCUAUACUUUCCUAGUUCAGGGUUUUUGCACAUGUGGCAGUUGGGAGAAAGCAGAGGAAUUAGUUUUUGAUAUGAUAAGAAGAGGCAUUCACCCUGAAACCAAGGAAUUCACUUUAGUAAUACAAAACCUAUGCAGUGAAGGGAGGCUUAAAGAAGCCGAAAAUCUCUUUGACAUAUUGGUAAAUGCAGGUGUGAAGCCAGAUGUCGUUAUGUAUGGUACACUCAUAGACGGAUAUUGCGUAGCUUGGAAAAUGGAUGAAGCAAUGAAGCUAUUUAAUGCUUUUUUCUCCAGUGGAUUAAAACCUAAUACUAUCAUAUAUGGUGUUCUAAUUAACGGUUACUGUAAAAGUGGGAGGAUAGACGAUGCAUUAACUCUAUUCAGAGAAAUGUUGAGCAAGGAAAUUAGGCCGACCAUUGUCUCAUAUAGCAUUAUACUGGAUGGUUUGUUUAAAGCUGGUAGAACUACUGCUGCAAUGGAGCAAUAUCGCAAGAUGAUCGAGACUGGAGUGAAGUUGGAAACCGCUACGUAUAAUAUAAUUCUUGGAGGACUUUGUAAGAAUAAUUUUGCUGAUGAAGCACUCGACAUAUUUCAAAGUCUACUUUCCAUGAAUUUUCAUCUUGAGAUUCGUACUUACUAUAUUGUGAUUGAUGGCUUGCUUAAAGCUGGCAAAAGGAAAGAAGCCAAGAGUAUUUUUUCUGCAAUCUCAACCAAUGGUUUGGAACCUAAUGCUCACAUAUACAGGUUAAUGAUAAUGGAUCUUAUAGAUGAUGGGUUAUCAGAAGAGGCUGAUGACAUGUUCUUAUCAAUGGAGAACAGUGGUUGUGCUGCCGACUCUCGUAUGCUAAAUGAUAUUGUUAGGAUGUUAUUGCAGAAAGGGGAGGUGUGCAAGGCUGGAACUUACCUCUCAAAAAUUGAUGAGAAGAAUUUCUCCCUGCAUGCUUCCACCACUGAUGCUCUGAUGUCUCUUUUCUCGGAUGGGAAGCAUGAGGAACAUAAAAGGUUGCUUCCUGAGAAAUAUCAUUGUUUUAAGGAAGAUUGAAUGACUAGAACACUUUAUCAACAAUUGAGUCCUAUUUGGACAUCCUGGACAGGAAUCCACAGGAAGUGUGGAGGUGGGUCUGGUUAAUAUGCUGACCUCACUAGAGCCAAGAGGUCACACGGGCUUAAUUUGCGACGUCUUUUCUGCACCGGUCAGGGGUGCAGAUGUUCAGGGAAUCAUGUCUUCUCUGGCCUGCUGGUCUGCUGGACAAGGUGAGGAGGGGUUUCCAUGGAGCUGUUGGAGAAGAGGAGAGCCCUGGUUCAUCCGACCGUGGCAAUUGUGUUGGACGGAGCUGGUUGUUUCGAGGAACACCGAACAUGGGGCGACAAAAUCCUCACGUACGCUCCAUUUCCUGAAAUCGAUUGUUUUCAGAGGUGGUUUCUGUUGUUAGAAAUAACAACUUGUAUUUAAUUCUAGUUUUUGAUGGCAAUAUAUAGAGUAUAUAAGUACAAUAUAAGAACUCUAGUAAUUAACAUAUACAUAAUGAAUAAGGACUCUAUAUUCCUA